GAUUGGUCAGCCGUUUGGGAGGCAGGAUGCUUGACCUCGGCCCGCACCGCCACCCUCAUGCUGCUGCAGUAUAAAGCCUGCAGCCUGGCGCCAGCCUGCGCUCUCUGGAGACGCAACUUCUGGCUGCGUAACGUCGAAAGUGGAAAGACAGACGACCAUGAGCGACCUGGAGACCUCGAUGGCGACCAUCAUCGCCGUGUUCCAGAAGUACUCGGAGCGGGAGGGAGACAAGCUGAAGCUGAAGAAGAGCGAGCUGAAGGAGCUGCUGCAGGACGAGCUGCCGGACCUGAUGGGGCACGUGAAGGACCAGUCCACACUGGACGGCCUGAUGGAGAGCCUGGACGCCGACGGCGACUCCGAGUGCAACUUCCAGGAAUUCAUGACCUUCGUCUCCAUGGUGACCGUCUGUUGCCACGAGUUCUUCGAGCACGAGGAUGAAUGAGGAUGGGAGGACAAAGGGGAGCUACAGUGACUGAAGGAUGAGCAGACAGAGACCGUGAUGUCCUGGGAGGAAACAGGUCCAGCCGGCGCUGAUGAGGAAACCCCAGUUUGGUAGCUUCUCUAGAUUUUCUCCUUGAUUUUAAACAUGUAGAGAGCUUUUCAAGUCUUCAAGGUGGUUCAAAUACUCUUUAGAGGGAUGUCAUUUGCUCUUCAAGUCUACACUUUUCCUUUGAGGCGACUUUAACGUCAUUCCUGAACCUGUUUUAUUAGUCUUGCUGACGGCCCCGAGAGGUGCGCUGGACUUAAACAAUCAGUUCUUCAAGCCUCUUCCCUCUAAAGUCUGAAAACUAACAUGUUAGUGACACCUUUUCUUCUGUAAAUGUUAACAGUUCUCAUUAAAAAAGAUGGUUUGAAGUAUAUGCCGCUUACACACUAUUAUCUGAAUAUUAAAUGUCUUAAAGUGGCCAGUAAAUUUGGCAGAUUUUUUUUUUCUCUGUUAGAUCUUGAAUUUUUCUUUAUUCAUAAACACAAUCAGAUAAACUGA